UUCAUGAUAAGACGUGGCGGCUGAUUUGUUUUAUUUAAAAAUGUGAAAUGUUCAAGUAUUCGAUUUCUUUUCAUGUGGAAUUACAAGUCAUUAUUUAUUAAUUGGUGAUAGAAAUGGUUAAAUAAAACUAAUUGAAUUUAACUGAAAAAAUAUUAAACCAAGGUUGAAUUUUUAUGAAUGACGUGUACUUUAAAAAAAAUAUGGUUAAGUGUUUGAUUGUAAACGAAUAAAAAUUUAAAUAUCUUCCAUAUAAUGAGUGUACGAAAACGAGAUAAUUAUAAAAAUGAACAUUCAAUUCGUAUGAACGAUUUACUGCCAUUACAUCCGGAUACCACAAAUUCGUUAGAAGAAAUCACCGGGGCUGGACGAUUUCAUGGAGAUGGAAAAAACAUUACGUUAUUGUUUUUAUUGUACACCUUACAAGGUAUUCCAUUGGGAUUAUCGGCUGCCAUACCCAUGAUCUUACAAAAUCGUGGAGUCAGUUACAAACAACAGGCUGAAUUUAGUUUUGUAAACUGGCCAUUUAGUUUAAAAUUACUAUGGGCUCCGUUAGUAGAUUCUUUGUAUAUAAGUAAAUUAGGUCGUAGAAAAACAUGGCUAAUACCUGUACAGUAUAUGUUAGGCUUAACAAUGUUCGUAUUAUCAGCUGUUGUCGAUUCAUGGCUAGGCUCUGAAAAUUCUGAACCAAAUAUAAAUGCUCUUACAGUUGCAUUCUUUUUCCUAAAUUUUCUAGCCGCUACGCAAGAUAUCGCUGUUGAUGGAUGGGCAUUAACAAUGUUACAAAAGCGUAAUAUUGGACAUGCAUCCACGUGUAAUAGCACAGGCCAAACAGCUGGAUAUUUUUUUGGUUAUGUAUUUUUUAUGGCGCUAGAAUCUGCUGAAUUUUGUAAUAAUUAUUUACGUUUAGAACCACAGUCUGUUGGUUUGGUGACAUUAUCAGGGUUUUUAUAUUUUUGGGGUAUUGUAUUUUUAAUUACUACGACAUUAAUUGCAAUAUUCAAACAUGAAAAUAAUGCUGAAGAACAUGCUACACAAAUUGAGAUGAAUUUAAAUGAAGCUUAUAGCACUUUAUGGACAAUUUUAAAAAUGCCACCAAUACGAACAUUAGCAUUAAUUUUAUUAACCGCGAAAAUUGGAUUUGCUGCUACGGAUGCUGUAUCGGGAUUAAAAUUAGUUGAGGGUGGUCUACCAAAAGAGAAAUUAGGUUUCCUGGCUGUACCACUAAUUCCAUUACAAAUUAUUUUAGUAUUUAUUAUUUCAAAAUGGACCUCGGGACCACGUCCAAUGGAUGUUUACGUUAAAGCAAUUCCUCCUCGAUUAUUAUUUGGUUUCGUUGCAAUGGCUUUGGUAUGGGUUACUCCAUACGUGAUUGUUGACGGACAUAUACCAAUAUACUUUUUUGUAAUUAUCCUGCUGAUUUAUGCGUGUCAUCAAAUAUUCAUGAACUGUAUGUUUGUUGCUAUUAUGGCAUUUUUUGCAAAAAUUAGUGAUCCUUCGGUUGGGGGAACAUACAUGACAUUGUUAAACACGUUAGCUAAUUUAGGUGGGAAUUGGCCAUCAACUGUUGCAUUAUGGUUUGUAGAUUCAUUAACAUGGCGGAAUUGUGUGGGGUCUAAGGAAAAUUCUCAAAUUUUAAAUGAAUGUAGCACGAUUCCUGAACGAAAGGAAUGUACUGAUGCCGGUGGAACAUGUGAAACACAAAUUGAUGGAUUUUAUUUAGAAACAGUAAUAUGUGCGGUAAUUGGAUUUAUAUGGUUAUUAUGGAUUGGUCGUAAAAUAAAUUAUUUACAAUCUUUGAAUGAAGCUCAUUGGAGUGUAUUUAAAAAUGAAAAACAAAAGAAAAAAAUUGCUAAUCAUCAAAGAUAGCAAUUAGUUUAAUUUAG